UUCGAGCAGACGCACGUGUGUACAGUAAAUUGUCAACAAACGUUGCGGGAUGGUUGUAGAUUACAGUUUGGUAAAUGGUAAAUAGAUUCCCGUUAAAAGUUAUUUUCAUAAAAGCAUACAAAACGAAAUAUUGGAAUCAUGGUUAACCGACGUAUGGGUAAGGGAAGCCUGUUCAAGAACCCACGCAAGGGGGCGAAACAACAGUACCUUAGCAAAGACAUGAAAAAGAAGCUGAAAAAAGAACGAGCAAACCGGCCACCACCAACUAAGUACCAGCGAAGCAUUAAACACAUCGAGCGGGGCCAGGAAGCGAUCCAGGCACAGAAGCGGCAGAUAGAGGCGGAAAGAAAGUACCGUCAGGAGGCAAAUACUUCCACCGAUGUGAACACAUUUGCGUCCAGUGACUCGGAAGCGGACGAGUGUGAUGGACACGAUGGUGCCACGUUCGAAGAUUUAGCGUUGGAAUUUAACGAGCAGAUCGGACAAGUGGUGGAUAGUGAGGACGAUACAGAUGAAGAAGAGGAUACCAACGAUGAGUAUGAGGAUGGAGACGAGCAGGAAGAUGAAACAUCCGUGCAGGAUGAGAUGUACAAAAUUGAGGAAAGUGACAGUGGGAUGCUCGUGGACGAGGAUGAUGAGGCUGCAGGUGAGUCGCAGAAUGAUGAGAGCGCAGAUGAAGACGAAAGCGACGAAGAUAAUUUGCUCACGGACGAAAGCGAUCUGUCGUCAGAUGAGGAUGAAGCAACGACGGACGAUCCCUAUAUGUUGCACACGGCGUAUAAUUUAAGUCCGGCGAUGCUGGAAGCGCUAGCUGCGGAACCACCACGCGUCGAAACGACCACCAUGGCGUUAGGCAGUCUGGGCAAUGUGUACGUCGAACUGCCGAAAGCUCGCUCACCCAGCAACCGGAGGGAGCAGAAGGGAAUUUUCGCGAAGGAAAGGUACGCCAAACCUGGCACACUGCCCACCCUACCGGUUACAGCGGAUGACGAACCGAUCGAUUGGAGCAAGCUGCACGUGAAGGACAGAAUUGUGCGCAACAUAUCGGAAGAGAUGGAUGCAUUACAGCGUGACAUGUUUGCAAUACUGAACGGAUAUCAGGAUUUGCACUAUCCGCAGCGAAGUUUCGAAAACGCGGAUCGGUUGCGGUACGUUUACUGCUUGCACGCGUUGAACCAUGUGCAAAAGGCGGCCAGCAAGAUUCAACAUCAUACGAUUAAACUGACGGCUGAUAAGGCGACCGGCAAGAAGAAACCUGUCGAAGAUCAAUUCCGUCGACGGGUGAAGGUGAAGAAACCGAACGUUGGCGAAGAGCCAACGGUUGGGUUAGAAUGCCGAGAUCAGGGUUUCGUACGCCCAAAGGUACUGAUUAUCGUACCGUUCCGUGAGUCGGCACUCCAGUGUGUGAGUGUGCUGAAGCGCCUGUUUGCCGGCGAGCAAGAGAAAGGCGUUCUAAACUGGAAACGCUUCACUGAGGAGUACGGUGGCGGAUCGACGUUACAUUUUCCGCGCAAGAAUCCAAAACCGGCGGACUAUGAGCGCACGUUUGCCGGCAACAUUGACGAUAACUUUCGGCUCGGGAUAGCUUUCAAUCGGUCGACGAUGAAGCUGUACGCGAAAUACUACUCGUCGGACGUGAUUAUCGCUUCACCGCUCGGACUUCGGAUGGUGAUUGGUGCGAAAGGUGAGAAGCACCGCGAUUAUGAUUUCCUUGCCAGCAUCGAGCUGCUCAUCAUCGAUCAGGCGGAAAUAUGUUACGCACAGAACUGGGACCACGUACUGCACGUGAUGGAACAUCUGCACCAUCAACCAAAAACCACCGAAUACACGGAAUUUUCCCGUGUACGCGAGUGGUGCCUGAACGGAUGGUCCAAAUUCUACCGCCAGACGGUGUUGCUUUCCGCGUUCGAGCUGCCUGAGUUCCGGUUGCUGUACAACAAGCACUUCCACAACUACCGUGGCAAAGUGCGAUCAUGCAAGCGCACGCUAACCGGCACGAUCAAGCAUGUGGUCGUGCGCGUGCCCCAAAACUUUCAGCGCGUUGAAACGACCACACUGGCCGGUGUCGGCACGGCACGAUUUUCGCACUUUGUAAACGUUGUGCUGCCCCAGGCGCGGACCGUUUCGAUGGCGCGCUGCAUGAUCUACGUCCCGAGCUACUUCGACUUCAUACGGUUAAGAAAUUACUUCAAGAAGGAGGAACUCAGCUUUACCCAGAUCUGCGAGUACACGACGGAUGCGAAGAUAGCGCGCGCACGGGAUAUGUUCUUCCAUGGCAGCAAACACUUUCUGCUAUACUCCGAGCGGGCGCAUUUUUUCCGGCGCCACCGUAUACGGGGCAUCCGGCAUCUGAUCCUCUACGCACCGCCCGUCUUUCCAAACUUUUACCCGGAGCUGGUAAAUUUGAUGAUAAAAGAGAAUCAGAAUCCGCACGACGGUGUGGACGAUGAGUCGAUGACGGUGACGGUGCUGUACACCGGCUAUGAUACGUACCAACUGGCGGAGAUGGUCGGUGCAUCACGGGCGAAAGCGAUGAUAAAAGCACCACGCUCGGUACACCGCUUUACGACCGAUCAAAAGUGAACGAUUUUCUUACGAUUGUUGAGUGAAUGUAUAUUAAGUUUGUGAAAACCUAUUCAGGCAUUUUCUAGGAAGAUUAAUUUACAAUAAUGUAAGACCUAAAUAUUGCAAAAAGAAUACGUUUCUAUAAUUGUUUCA